UAGCCCCCUUGAUGUCUUUCUUUCCGGAAUGGAAUGCGCCGCCACGUGGUAAACAGUGAUAGGUGCGGCCAUGGCCGCUCUUUCUCCUCCCUUAACGCUCUGUUCUCCUCGUCUCGUUGGAAUCGCUGGGGUGGAAUCGCCGGCAUUGGAGCUGGUGCAUGGAUGAAUUGGAGGAGCAACAGGGAAGAAUUUGAUGAGAUUGAUGAGAUUUCAGGCAUGGACAAGGCCAAGGGGCUCUUGAUUCGAUCCGACAGCGCGAUCUUCAGCUACGAGGAGCAGCAGAGCAUCGACAGGGCGAGCUGCACGACCAGCAUCGAUGGAUUGAGCCGGAGCUCGCAUGAUCGCUACGACGCCGACCUGGCAGGCAGCCCCAUCGAUUUGAUCUGCGAGCGCCAGAUUCUCAGCAACGAGGUCAGCAGCUCCGACGACGAUGGGCGCUCGCCGCUAGGCUGGCCGCUCGGCCGCCACCAGCGCAGCCAUCUCAAGCUCUCGCCGGUGCCGAAUUCUCGCGAGGAGCUCGGAUAUUUUGGCACCGCCGCGGUCGUGAUGCCCUCCUCGCCGAGAUCCGCCGAGAGCAGCAACGUUGGAUGGAGCGAUGGAAGAUCUGCCGCGAUGGCGAAGAAUCAAACGCCAGAGAUUGAGAUGAUGAAAGAACGAUUCUCCAAGCUACUUCUUGGAGAGGACAUGUCCGGCAGUGGCAAAGGAGUUUGCACGGCUCUGGCAAUCUCCAAUGCGCUCACCAAUCUCGCUGCUUCGGUGUUUGGCGAGCUUUGGAGAUUGGAGCCUUUGUCCCAUGAACGUAAGUUACUUUGGCAAAGAGAGAUGAAUUGGAUUCUCUCGGUCUGCGAUCACAUUGUGGAGUUCGUUCCAUCUUUUCACAGCGUCACAGAUGGUACCAGUCUAGAGGUCAUGAUCAGCAGGCCGCGCUCGGAUCUUCAUAUCAAUCUACCAGCUCUUCGGAAGCUGGACGCGAUGCUACUGGAGGCACUCGACAGCUACAAGGAGACUGACUUUUGGUAUGUGGACCAAGGAGUGUCGGUAGAUAUUUCAUCCAAGAACCAGCAGCAAAAAUCCGUGGCUACAAAGAGGGAGGAGGAUAAGUGGUGGCUGCCGGUCCCGAAGAUUCCUACGGGUGGUCUCUCGGAGAAGUCCCGUAAGGCGUUACAGAAUCAGCGGGAUUGCACGAACCAGAUCCUCAAGGCAGCCAUGGCGAUCAACGAGCAGGUCCUUUCGGAGAUGCAAGUACCCGACGUUUACUGGGACUCUCUUCCGAAGAGCGCGAGAGCGAAUCUGGGAGAUACAAUAUACUAUGGUCUGAGGCAAGAACACUUUUCUCCAGACGCACUCCUCUCGUCUCUAGACUUGUCCACGGAGCACAGUGCUUUGGAGGUUGCAAACCGCAUCCAGUCGGCUUUGCACAUCUGGAGAAAAAAGGAGUCGUCCGGCUCUCACAAGGAAGGCAAAAGCAAAAGCAACGGCAGCUCGAGAUACUCAUGGUUGAAAGUGAGGGACUUGGUGGCCGAGUGUGGAGACAAAAGGCAGUUGCUAAUCGAGAGAGCUGACAGCCUUCUUCUAUGCCUGAGGCAGAGAUUUCCGGGACUGCCACAAACAGUGUUGGACGUCAACAAGAUCCAGUACAACAAGGAUGUUGGCCAGGCAAUUCUCGAGAGCUACUCGAGAGUUUUGGAGAGUCUGGCAUACAGCAUUCUCUCUCGGAUUGACGACGUACUGUACAUAGCGGACAUGACAAAGAGGAACCAAGACAGCAGCGGAAGCCAACUGGGAUCAAAAACAAACGCAGCGUUACCAAUAGCUCGGAAGAUUCACACGAUCUCGUUCCAGAAUCGAGUGUCGACUAGCACGCCGUUUGCUACUCCGUUUGCAUCACCCGGCUCCUCGCCUUCGUCGUCCUUGUCGCCAAAUCUGCGAAGGCCAGCCGGAGGUUCUCCCCCAAAUGCUAGUAUGCGAGCGGAACAACAAGGGCCAUGCCCGACACUGCUGGGAUCGAUUUGCAGCGCUCAAUCUGCCAGCGUUGUGGAGGAGUCGAAGAAGCCUGUCAAAGAUCGGCCGUGGUUUGUGGCGGAGUCCAGGAAAUCGUUUCAUAGUCCUCCUGGAAGAGACUAGGAUAAUGACUGUUCCACAAGAUUAUAAUUGUUUUUCCCUUUCUUAUGAAAAAGCUUAGUUUCUUUUAAACAA